CUUAUAUCUAGUGAUGCUGAUGGAGCCAUUCAAAGAGCUGGACGAUUCCGUGUGGAAAACGGCUCCUCUGGUGAGAAUACAGACUACACUCCGCGUACAUGGCACAGAACAGACGUGCAUUUGGAAAACCCAGAGUAUCAUACAAGAUGGUAUUUCAAAUAUUUUUUAGGGAAAGUUCAUCAAAAUUAUAUAGGUACGGAUGCAGAGAAAAACCCUUUCUUUCUGUCUGUUGUACUGUCUGACCAAAAUAAUCAGCGUGUUCCUCAAUACCAUUCAAUACUUUGGAGAAAAACAGGUACUCAGAAAAUAUGUCUCCCUUAUAGUCCCACGAAAACAUUAUCAGUGAAAUCUAUAUUAAGUGCUAUGAGUCUUGACAAAUUUGAGAAGAGCCCAAGGGAAAUUUUUCAUCCUGAGAUACAAAAGGAUUUAUUGGUUCUUGAAGAGCAAGAGGGAUCUGUGAAUUUUAAAUUUGGAGUCCUUUAUGCUAAGGAUGGGCAGCUUACAGAUGAUGAAAUGUUCAGCAAUGAAACAGGAAGUGAAAGCUUUCAAAGAUUUUUGCAUCUCUUGGGUGACACAGUUACUUUGAAAGGCUGGACAGGCUACAGAGGAGGAUUGGACACUAAAAAUGAUACAACAGGAACCUCUUCCAUCUAUACAGUGUUUCAAGGGCAUGAAAUUAUGUUCCAUGUUUCAACCAUGCUACCAUACUCUAGAGAAAACAAGCAGCAGGUAGAAAGGAAGCGACAUAUUGGAAAUGACAUUGUCACUAUCGUAUUUCAGGAUGGUGAAGAGUCUUCUCCAGCAUUCAAGCCAUCCAUGAUUCGGUCUCAUUUUACAC